AUGGCGUCGGAUCUCGAUCAGCUCAUUGAAAUGGGUUUCGACAAGGAACGGUCAGAGCUUGCUGUUUCCAAGACUGGCGGUCUGCAAGGAGCUUUGGAAUGGCUUGAGGCGAAUCAGGACAAAACACUGGAGGAGAUCAAAGCGGCACAACUACAGGAAGGAGAGGACGAGGAAGGCCCUGCACUCAAGCCAGGCGAGGAGGCUCGCAGCUUGGUCUGCAAUGAGUGUGGCAAAAAGUUCCGAAGCCAGGCCCAGGCCGAGUUUCACGCAUCCAAGUCCGAGCACGUGGAUUUCUCCGAGUCGACCGAGGAGAUUGCGCAAUUGACCGACGAGCAAAAGAAGCAGCGACUCGAUGAGCUACGGGAGAGACUUGCGGAGAAACGGUUGAUGCAGUCACAACAAGACAAGGCAGACCAAAAGCGAAAUGAAGAAAUCCGGAGAAAGAGUACCAAGGAGAGUCAAGAUGCAAAGGAGGACUUGAAGCGGAAACAAGCACUGCAAGAUGCUGCAGCAAACAAGAGGGAAAAAGCGGAGGAGAUCGAAGCCAAAAAACGCAUCAGGGCUAAGAUCGCAGCGGAUAAGGAAGAACGGCGCUUGAAGACAGAGCGUGAGCGUGCCGAGCGCGCGGGCGUCGCUCCGCCUCCACAAGCUGCUGCCGCUCCCGUGCCUACAGCUUCCGGUCCAACCACGUCAAAGCCUGCAUCCGCUUAUACCGAAACUCGUCUGCGCUUCCAGACCGCUGGUGGAAAUAUCAUGAAGACCCUUCCUGUCACUACCACACUGUUCGAGGUUGUUGCGGCACUAAAAUCGGAGGAUGGUAUUGAUGUUCAGAGCUUCACCCAGAAUUUCCCUCGCAAGGUUUUCAAUGCGGAGUUCUUUGGGGAGACACUGAAGGAGCUGGGACUUACACCAAGUGCCAGCUUGGUUGUUCAAUGA